AUGAAGGACAUGGAGAAGAACAAGGACUCCUCAAUGAGCGCAGCACCCCUGGAUACGUCUAAUAUGUACAAGUGGCAGGCAAUCAUUAUUGGACCAAAGGAUACGCCCUAUGAUGGGGGUGUAUUCAAGCUUGACAUUUCAUUUUCACCAGACUACCCAUUUAAGCCACCACGAAUCGAAUUCAUUACCAAAAUAUUCCACUGCAACGUGCAUGGGAAGCACCUCUGCCUGGACAUUCUGAAGAGCCAGUGGUCUCCGGCCCUGACGAUCGACAAGGUGCUUCUAUCGAUUACGUCUCUGAUGAACGAGCCAAAUCCAUCUGAUCCGCUGAACAGGGAUGCUGCUGAGAAGUAUAUGGAGAGCAAGGAGGAGUACAACAUGAUAGCAAGAGAGUGGACGCAGAAAUAUGCCACUGAAGACGCGUCUACGAACGGCAGAAAUAUCAACUGA